AUGUCUAUUCAAAUAAGUCCAUUCCAAAUAGGCUCUGCUUUGUUGAGUUUUUCACUCGUCGGUUUAACCCAAGGCGCUAAUUUAGGUGGAUUAGAUGGAAAUCAGCAGAGCAAUGCCAACACCCAAGAAACAACUGCAGGAACAAAAACAAAUAGUGAGCAAACUCAACAAUCGCAACAAUCGCAACAAACUCAACAAUCGCAACAAACUCAACAAAGUGCCGCAUACAACGCGGCCACUCCGGUAACUGAAAACGAGUCUACAACAGUUUGGUGGACUCCAUCAACCACGGUACAAACCUCCAUUGCAACUACUGACUCACAGACUUCUGGUAAAACUCAAUCCAGCAAAACUGCCGAAGUAUCAGGUUCAAACUCAGCUACAUACAACCAAUGGGGUUUCACUGGGAGCCAGUCCGUUUGGAGCGACACUACAUUGACUUCAUCAAAUUUAGAGAACAGCGACUCUAGCUCUUUAUCUGGCUCCAGUUCGACUACACAUAGUGUAAAUAGUACAUCAAAUGGAAUGAGACUGCAUAUGUUUCAGGAGAAGGAUCUCGGGUGGAAAAAAAUGGUGUUGAUUACCGGUGUUUUGGGAAUUAGUAUAGUGUUUAAUGUUUUAUAG